CGAUUAUUGUUCUAAGAGACUUAUUACGUGUUGCACUAAAUGUAGCUAUCCGAAUGCAGCGCGUGGCACGAAUAGCACUCGGUGUCGCUGUCUCUAAUGGAAAGAGCGGAUCCUACCAGCAAUCCAGUAUAGAUGAGCUGACCCAAGAUAUCACUACAUUUUUGUUGCUCCUUGGACUUGACGCCAUCACGCCAGAACACAUCACUUUGAUAGGUCGCCCAGCAACGGGUGCCAUGGACGCAUGGUUUGAGGAGUGGAACUUUGACCACGUUUCUGGCGUCUGGACGGCAAGUCUACUCAAAAGAUAUCAAGAUCUCUUCAUCGUCUUGUUGGAAUGCUACAUACAGCAUUUGCAAUUAGCGUCCAAAUUGAUGGUAAUCGGUGUUUCUGGAUACUUUGCCCACUUUCUGAUCAAUACAUUGGUAGCCUUGAAGGAUGAUGUCGUCAACGAACAACUGCAGCAAGAACAAGAGGAGGCACAACCUAAUAAGUCACUGUCAAUAGCAGCAACAACAUUGUCAAUACUAUCGACACAGCCAAUUCCAGCACGCAUGCAAAAACUCGUAUCUUAUUUUCUGCAUUUUGACAACGCCAUUCAGGUCUUUGCCACAGCUCCGAUCUAUUUAAACGACGUUAUCUGGGUGCCGACGAUCCGAAAUGCAUUUCAUGGCCUAACACUCUUUGCUGCCGAUGACAACGACGUCGACAUGGACAUGGUGGAAGUGGGACCACCGCUACUAGUACAAUUACAGCAGGAAAACCAACGCAACAAGCAACAGGAGAACCAAGAUACCAUUUUAUACAAGGCAAAACGAGCGUUUUCGGUGUUACGUGCCGUGACCAAGUUUUCCAAUGCGUGUGCAAAAUUGGAACAAGCGGGCGCACUGCACAUGGUGAAUAUCAAGUAUAUCCCCAACAGCGAGGUACUGGAAACUUCAGUGUCCGUGCUAAAUGUGUAUGCAUCGUUUACCCAUUUUAUUGCAGCACUGGCUAGCACGAUGGCCUUGAUACGUGCCAAAUUACGCAGCGACGACGCAUUCCCGAUUGGGCCAGCAAUCAUGAAACUGUUGUGGCAAGCAACCAUACGGAUUCAUGAAUGCCAAGAAAAGAAUCUGAGGAACGCGUGGACGCAUGUCGUUUCUGGAAGUCUAAUGGUCAUUAAUGCGUUCGAGUUUGACAACGAAUCGCUCCAAAAAUGGUUAGCGUGGCCUGUCCAUUUUACUGAUUGUGAUGGUGACAAUGACAGUGUGAUUACUGAAGUCAAUAGCAGAGGAUGGAUCCAUAGUCUAAGAACAAAUAACGGACGUUUAUCGGUUCUGCCGACGAUAUUGCAAGCGCUAUUACCUGGACGCCAAAGCAGCGACCGCUACGAGAUUUUACAAGACCGUAUCAGCAACAGUGAUUACUUGGGCAUGCUUUUGCAUGCAGUAAAUGCUUUCAAUCUUUUAUCGACGGUUCCAGAAUGCGGCGUUCAGUUGGUACGAGAUGCUGAAGCGAUGGAAUUUUUGUGCGAGCUACUCAAGGGGUUAUUGGAGCAAACCAAGAACAGCAAUUAUUCACCGCGACUAAAGGCGAAAAGUGGCGAAGAUAUCAAGAUGGAGGUGCAAACCGGAGCGGAUAGCGGCAACGAGGUCAAUAGAAUAAGCAGCAUACUGGACAGCAAUAACGACAACAAUAGCAGCAGUAGCAGUAGUGAUUCGGAAAGAUUGACAACGUCCUUUACGAGGAGUUUAAGCAAUCGGUGUUAUGAACUUUUGCAUCGUGGCCUUGUACGAAUACUGGCGUCCCAAGAAAACAUGCGGUUCAUUAUCACUAGUGACGUCCUCACUGCCUUCUUCAAGCCGCUGCGCACAUCCAUAGCAGAAAUGGACGACUACAAGCUUGAAUUAUCACAGACGCUAUGUCAAGACUUUUAUGAAGAGCGAUUCGAAGACUUUGCACGGCUGUUUCAAUUCACAGUCGGCGACGACAACGCGACGAGACUCCACGAACUGUGUGCGGUUGCUACUGCAUAUGCUUGCCCGUAUCCAUCCCAUUGGGAUACUGUGCUCGGGAUCCGCGUAGUGGACGGCGAAGAAAUUAUUCAUAACAAAAGUGUCUUUGGCGCACUCUGUCGAAUGCUGAUGUUUGAAUUACUUGAACAAGACAGCGACAAUGUGUACGAGGCUCCAUAUCGACGACCUGCUGCUGCUCAAGCAAUCGAAGUCCUCACUCAAGUUCUGACACCAGCAUGGGUGGCUGAUCGCCAAGACAUUGUUGUCCAGUUACGAGACCGGAUAAGCUCUAGCGUCGAAAAAGAAGAAGAUCUUGAUGACAGUUGGAGAACCAAUAACGACGAACACAGCGAGGACAUGGUGGCGUUUACGACGGAGCAUUCAAGCAUACCAAUUACGGCCAAACGUGGUCCACUUGUACGACAAUCAACUUUUUUUGCGGCAUUAUUUUCUGGUGAAUACGCAGAAAACCCGGACAAAACGGUCAAGUUACUGGAUAUUACGGAUCAUGCGCUCACGUUGUUUUUGGACGUGAUCAACAAUAUACAAUUGGGCGAAAUGCGUCUCUCUUCAUCCACAUGCUGGCGCGAUGUGAUUGAUCUAUUGCUUGCAGCCGAUCGGUUUGGCAGCACGUCGGUGCAGAGCGUAUGCGAGGAAUGGAUAUCCAGGAGCUUGGUCGACCAAGGUAACCAGGGCCGGUUGAAUGGUGCGAUCUUGUUGUUUCGACGGUGCAGGAAUCCCGGUGCUGUCGAUGGUGGUAUGGCUUUGGACGUUUGGCCGUUUCAGAAAGUCCUCAAGCAAGCACUGAUGAUUGUUGUCAGUGAAUUAUCAGUCAGCUGCCAGGCAACAGAGUUCGAUAAUAUGUUACGUGAUAACGACGAAGAUGAGUUGAGCGCGUUUUGUCAAGGAAUGGCAGUGCUCAUCUGCUCCACGUUGGACAAGAUGUAGUUUCGAUUUGGUAGAAGAAAGAGGGAUGAUGUUACCAAUUUUACCUUUUCUAUCGAGUAGAUCUUGCUGUAAUUCUUCCAUUUAUUUGUUUUUGCUGACUUUUUGAUUAAAUAAAAUGUUUGGUAAAUGCACAAGAUUAUAGUUUUA